UCAACACAAAGAUGUCUGGCAAAGGAAAAGCUACUGGUGGUCGCGGCAAGAAGGGCAAGUCCUCGUCCCGCUCGUCCAAGGCAGGCCUUCAAUUCCCCGUGGGUCGUGUGGCCCGCUUCUUGAAGAAGGGCCGCUUCGCCCAACGCAUUGGUGGUGGCGCCCCCGUCUACCUCGCCGCCGUGUUGGAAUACCUGUGCGCUGAAAUCUUGGAACUUGCCGGGAACGCCGCUCGCGACAACAAGAAGUCCCGUAUCAUCCCUCGCCACAUCCAAUUGGCUGUCCGCAACGACGAAGAAUUGAACAAGUUGUUGGGCGAUGUGACCAUCGCGUCCGGCGGUGUGCUUCCCAACAUCCACAACAUCUUGUUGCCCAAGAAGUCCGCCACGGCUGGCACCGAAGGCAAGAAGGUCAAGGCGUCUGCUUAAAUCGUUCCGACGGCGACACCGCUUGAUUUGUGCAUUUGCACUUUCAUACUUGGACGACAUGUCCUACAACUGGCUUUUUUAAAAGCCACCCUCUUGCAAAGAAGUUUGUCGAUCACAUGUGAGGACGCGUACCUCAUGCUUAUCACUUGAUGUGUGCAUGUACUUUUGAA